GAAAAUAAAAGAUGACUACGUAACCUCUUGUGACCUGUUAGAUGGACGUUAAGCGACAAAAACUGUACGGUUGUCGUUCAAAGAUAAAGUCCUCAAACAGUGAAUUUGAUUUUGAUGACAUCAAAGAGACUAAUCAGUCAGAAGGUGCUCCCGUUCCGUCGCUUUUCUGGUCAGAUCGUUAUAAGAAAUCUGAUCCUUCUGUCCACAACCACUGCACCCAAGACUCUAGAAAACGCAAACUGCCCCUGAAGGAUAAUAUGAACAAGCUACCCAAGAUUAAUCACCUGGAUGAGAUUUGCAACAGAGCUGCCAGGGGAAAGAUAAUCAACAAGAACAAGGGAAAGUUCGGGACUCAGAAGCCUAAUCGAGGAGUGUUUGACUUUGGAGAACCUCCUGAGAUUGAUAGAAUGACUUUGAAUCCAUCCAUCCCUUCAAAACGUCCAUUAAAGGCAGAAUCUCCCUCAAAGCACAGAAAAAUGGUUGGCUCAUCAUUUGAUUUCCCCACUGAGGAGAAGGAACUACAGAUCAAGGCAAAAACACAGAAAAUAUUCAAACCUGGUCCCAAGAAAGCAAAGCUGAACAUGAAAGCUUUAAAACCUGCUAAAUCAAAUGGACGACUUUGCGGACUGUUUGACAUUCCUAAGGAUGAUGAUGGUGAAGAGAACCUAGUUCCGAUCGACUUUAUUGAGAUAGAAAUCGAGAAGCCUGGUGAUAAACCUGAUGAAGAGACAACGAUGAUCGCCAAUGUCAAAGACUCUGGUAAUUGCAUCAAGGCUGGAGUUAAUCAAACAUUCUACGACGAGUUUGAUUAUUUGUUUGAUGGAAUGAAAAAGACAGAACCUAUGGCUGUGCGACUUCUCAGUACAUUCAAUGUGACUAAAAACUGUUUUACCAAAGACUUCCGUCAUAGUAUCAGAAAGAACAAUUUCCUGAAAACCAUCUUCAAAGAACUCUCUGAUGCAGAUCAGGAUCCCAGCUUGGCUUUGUGCACUGCUGCCUUUCUUUAUGUCAUUGCAAUAGACGAUCAGCACUUUGAUUUUUCAAAGGAUGCCAUUGAAAUAAUCCUGAAAAUCUUAAAAACAGAGGAAGAGCACAUUUCUAGGAAAGGCACUUUCCCUGUACAGAAACCUACUAAGAGUCUAACGAACUUCAGAAAGAAGAUAGGUGAUCUGUUUCGUCAGGAGUUGAAAACAGUUGAUUUCAUUGAUCUUGAUAACAUCAGUACAGCUGAUCUGGUACACGAGGUCCUUAUCUUCCUUACAGCCCCUACCGCAGAUGUUGACUUCAGGGAGUUUAUCAGAACCAUGGGCGGAGUUGACUUCUUCAUACUAAGCUUCAAUUUCAUACUUUCACGACUGGAUAAGUAUCAUAGAGUUUCAAACGAAAACUGUCAGAGAUUUUCGAAGAUCGAAAGGUGUCUCCAGAUGUUGGAAAACUUGACUUACAUGAACAGUGAUAACCAAAAUUAUGCUCUGAAUUUCAAAAAUAAAAUGAUCGUCAAGUCUACACAUGGAACACUCACGAAUUGCCUUUCAGUUAUUCACAAAAGCAGGUCUAACAAGAUAAAGUUGUUGGGGAAGAGCAAGAAUCUAGACAACGUCUUUGAUUGCCUGUUCUCAACUUUUAGGAUGAUGUUGAAUCUGACCCACGGAAACGAGUAUACCUGUACAGAGAUAGGAAAAUACAACGGCAUGAUAGAGGUAAUACUGGAGACUAUCUUGUUCUUGCCUUCCAACGCCGGAACAAAGCACAAGCUGGAUUGCUAUACUCUUGGUUUAGGAUUACUCAUCAACCUUCUCGGAGAGGUACCCUCUAACAGAAACAUCCUGGCCAAGUGUAGGUUUGACUCAUCUCCUUGGUUUGAUGCUGUUGAGGAUUCUAUUGAAGAUAGGAACAAGACCUCAGUAGAGCUGAUCAUACAAACAUUCCUGAAGUUCCACAACAGUUCCGCUGAGUUGGAGAAGCAGACGUUCUCCGAGGCAGAGUCCCUCUGUAUGCAGGAGGGGGAGGAACCUACUGAAGUUGAGCUGGAGAUUGAGGAGCCAGGACUGGAGAAACGAGAGAGCAACUCAGCUUCUUCAGCUAGCAAGUCAGAGGAGGAAAAGAACGGUGACGAUCCUUUCGGAUACAAAGAACCUGCUGUUGAAUUCAAGAAGCCUGCUGACAAGAAAGAUAACAAGAACAGUGAAAAAGUAAAGAAGGUGGUGGACAACAUGAUAGAGAAAGCUGGUGAGCACAUGGAGGAGAGUAUGAUUGGCUCCUACCUAGCCCUGUUAAUCGGCAUCCUCACCAAAGAGGAAGACCAUCUGGAGACGGUACAGAAGCUCAUGCCAGAACCGAAGAUCCUCAUUGAGGUGCUAAAGAAGUUCCUCCAGUUUAUGAACAUGAUGUCGCUGACUUCCGCCGCUGCGAGCAAGUCUGGCAUGCAACAGAUCAGGUCGAUUGUACACUGGCUCAACGCUGUCUUGUGAGCACACACAAACUUUCAGUUUUUAAUGUACGUACCUUUUCAGAAAUCAAAUUUGCGUGGCAGUAAAAGUUAAAUUAUUUAUAUUAUAUGUAAUCACGUGAUUAGUCGUGAUUUGGGGUUCUAUUUGUCAUUUUAGUGCUGUGUCUUGUGGACCAUUGGAAAAUAAUUUAACGUAAGAAAAGCAUUCCAUCGAAGCAUACCUUUCCCGCUAUAUGAAAUAUUUUGUGUGGUAUCUUAGCCAUGAAAUAGCAAACAUUAUCAAAUAUCCAUGAUAGAAAACUUCCGUGGAAUUUCGAGUAAUUAUUGCACAUUUAAUUGUCCCUCGUUUAUCUGCAGCUCUUAAAUGUGAGUAUUUUUGUGAAUGUGUCUUAAGUUGUCUGAUGGUUAUUACUAGUCAGCUUCCCCACACGUAGACGUUAAACUUUUAGAUUUAAAGCCGAAUGUUGACUUUUUGAAUAUUGUAUUUAGGGAUCCAGGCCUCGGUGUUACAUUUUACAUUUCAGAGGCUUUCGGACCGGUGUAGUGAUAUGAUUUGAGAAUCUCUGGAAUUUAGAUAAUUUAGUUUGGCUGCGAUCCAAUGCUUAGACUUUCUAUUCUUGACGAUUGGCGGUAGUAUAGCAGGUUAACUUUAAUUUUUCAGUCCGUUUUCAAUUAAAUUACACAAAAAGCCUUUUCGCCCAUUUUGUGACCUUUUUUAAGUAAAUUCGAUAACAGGAUGCCAGUAUGUGAUCGAUAUUGUGAAAGGAAGCGCACUGUAUGAUAUCUUAAAAUUCGGUGGUAAAUUAAAUAGAAAGUAGUUUUCAGAUUCGCGGACUUAAAAUAGUUUAUUGUUUAGUCUUGCAACGACAAUAAUGACCAAUUUAAUCUUCUGUUGCAUGGUCAUUAAUUAUGGCAAUUGAUUAAUGAAUUGAUUUAUCAAUUACAUCCGAAAUAUAGUAAAUUAGUUGUCGUUGCAACACACUCUACUAUUUCUAAUUUGCAUAUUAAUGUGCAGAAAUUUUCUACUAUAAUUACGUAUCGCUAAUUUUCGAAA